GAAGCUCAUCAUCUUUCUCCUUCCCUAUCCUUCUCUCCAUCACUUGUAUGUCUCCAUCAAUGGCUUCCUCUUUGUCUUCCUCCACCGUCGUCACUCACCGGAUUUUAUCACUCCACCCUUCGCCUCUUAAUCGCAGCUUACUCUUCCUAAAACCCAAAUUACCCUUCAGUCGAACUGUUCCCGGAGAUUUCCGCAUGCGUUUGCAUUCUACAUCCAGGAAUUGUGGCGCUAAGUGCAGGAACUUAUACCUUCCUGCAAUUCUUCAAUUGAUUUGAAGUUGAACCCUUUUGAAGCUGGAUCAAAAAGUCUCGAGAAAUUUGUUGCAACGAUCCUGAUAUUUGUUCAAGUUUGGUCUCCGUUGCCCUUACUUGGUCUGGACUCUGCGGAGGCUGUUCUUUACUCUCCAGACACUAAAGUUCCAAGAAGUGGGGAACUUGCUCUAAGACGGGCUAUUCCUGCUAAUCCAAACAUGAAGACUAUACAGGCUUCAUUGGAAGAUAUAUCAUAUCUUCUCAGAAUUCCCCAAAGAAAGCCUUAUGGUACCAUGGAGAGCAAUGUAAAGAAAGCUCUAAAGGUGGCAAUUGACGAUAAGGAUUCGAUAUUGGCUAGUAUUCCAGCAGACUUGAAAGACAAGGGCUCAGAACUGUAUACAUCUCUGGUUGAUGGCAAGGGUGGACUUCAAGCACUUAUAAAAUCAAUAAAGAAUCAAGAUCCUGAUAAAGUGUCCAUUGGCCUGGCAUCAUCACUAGACACCGUUGCGGAGCUGGAGUUAUUACAAGCACCUGGAUUGUCAUUUUUGCUUCCUCAGCAAUACUUAAAUUAUCCCAGGUUAGCUGGAAGAGGAACUGUGGAAAUCACCAUUGAGAAAGGUGAUGGUUCGACAUUUCAAGCUGAAUCGGGGGGUGAUCAAAGAAAGAGUGCUACAAUCCAGGUGGUCAUCGAUGGAUUUUCAGCACCACUAACAGCAGGGAAUUUCGCAAAACUGGUAACUAGCGGUGCAUAUGAUGGAGCCAAGCUCAAUACGGUGAACCAAGCUGUUAUCACAGAGGAUGGAAGUGGUAAGGUGGAGAGUGUUAGUGUUCCAUUGGAAGUAAUGCCUUCUGGACAGUUCGAACCUCUCUACAGAACCCCAUUAAGUGUCCAGGAUGGGGAGUUGCCAGUUCUUCCUCUAUCAGUUUAUGGAGCUGUUGCAAUGGCGCACAGCGAAAACUCAGAUGAAUACUCUUCUCCUUACCAAUUCUUCAUCUACCUAUACGAUAAAAGAAACUCUGGCUUAGGAGGUUUGUCCUUUGACGAAGGGCAGUUCUCGGUUUUCGGAUACACAACAGCAGGAAGAGAUAUUCUUGGGCAGAUCAAGACGGGAGAUAUCAUCAAAUCUGCAAAACUAAUUGAAGGCCAAGAUCGCCUUAUUUUGCCUACUCAUAACAACUCAUCCAAUUGAUUCUUCUUCUUUCUUUGCCUCCAAAAUGUUCUAAACACUUUCUUGUUCUAUAAACAGAGUACAAGUUUCUAUUAUCGGAAGGGUUCGUUCCAU